AUUGUUAAGAUCGUGAUAGCUUUCAUAUUUUAUUAGUUUUGUAAAUAUUUUCGCCGUUUAGAUGGUCUUUCAGUAUUUGAUAUGGUUGCGUAAUUUCAAAUAAUAACAUCGUUUCACAUAUUGUGUCAUGGAAGUGGACGGGGUUGAAAAUUGGAACAGUGGGAAUGGCAACGCGGCCGAUGCUGCCAAGUUUGCUAAUUUAAAAGCUUUUGUGAAUGCUGCUCGGGAAUUCGAGGCAACUCACAGUGAAAAUGCUAUAAAUUUAAUGACUCGAUACUUAGGUCUAAUAGCGUCGUCGUGUGAUCUGUCUAUAUUUUCUCCCGGGCGUUCAGAAGUGUGUGCAUUUUUCAGUUCUCUAUGGAGAGUAAUGAGCGAUGGACGAGGGCCGCACUGGGCCGGAGUGGCAGUGCUCGCGCGGGCCGCUUUAGAGCCGAGUGCGCGACACGCACUUACUCACACUUAUAAGUUUAUGCCAAUUCUUGCUCGCCUACUAUGUAAUGUAAUAUCAAAUGACAAGAAAAUAAAACUUUUAUCAGUUAUGCAGGACAUCUCAUAUGGUAUUAAAAUAAGCUGGCAGGAGUCAUAUUUAUCUGGACUUAUGAAACAAUUGACGGAUUGGAUCCUACAACCUAUGACAGAACCACAGCACCGUACUAUAGGGCACAAAUCAUUGACAGUCCUUGUCAAUGUGUGUUACGUAAAUCUACCUGCCAUAUAUGCUCUAAUGAGGACUGUGGAUACUAAGGAAUUUGUUGUGCACCUAAUUAAUUUAAAGGAUGGUGGUUACGGUGGUGUGGAGGUGUGCCGACUACUGCUGUGCCUGUCGGGGGCUACGCGAGGUGCCGCGGCAACGCGCCAGGCGGACGUCCACAGCUAUCUAUGCUGCACUAUGCGUACAUUUCGUAAUGCUAUCAUUGACAGAGAUGCGACACAGUUAUUGCACGCCUACACAUUUAUAAAUGAUCUUUGUUCGGAUCCCAAUUUACGGAAUUAUGUUCUAACUUAUCCCAAUUUUAAUGGACCACUUCAGGAUGCUAUAAAGGACACAGAGGGUGUCUGUGUGACAGCGGCGGACGAUACAGCGGAGCCGGAGACCGCUGUGGGCUGUCUGCAGAAUAUACUCAAGUUCCUCACAGUGCUCGUUAGCUUGGAGUUGUACUCUGUGCGGGCGCAGCACGGCGCGCUGGCAGCACUAUGUAUGAAGGCAAGCCGGCUCUGUUUGCCGAACGCGUUAGAACUGUUUGCUGCAAUUGUAACACAGUACAGAGACGAGGGCCGGCUGCCGCCGAGCCUGCUGGCAGUGAUAAACGAGGGUCUGCCGGCGCUGCUCGUGCCGCCUGCGCUGGAGCCCGGCAAGGUCGGCCUGCAGUGGCUGGUGGUGGUGGGUGCGUUGUGCGAGUGUUGUGAGACGCAGCAGAAUGUGCUGAAGGAGGUGACACCUGACAGCUUCGAGGACACCCUCUACAGUGUGCUGCAUCACACCUCACAGAGUGGUACAAUUGGUGUGGAGAGUGGUCAGCAUGCGGUGGUGGUGUCGUGUCGCACUGCACUGGUGUUGGCACCACUCGACCAGCGCUGGGAGGCUGCUCUCUGCAGACUGCUGGCACAUCAUCAGGUGCGCAAGUUGUUGUGCGCAGGUCUGAGCAGCAACAACACUCAGCGACGUAAACAAGUGCUCCAGCUGGUGAAGCAUCACUACUUCCCUGUUGAUCAGAUGAACCAGGUGUUCGGUGAGAGCGCGACAAGCUUGUGUAUGCCUGAGGGCGUGUCGUGUGUGUCUGUGGGCGUGUCUGGGGGCGUGUCUGUGGGCGUGUCGCGGGAGGAGGGCGAGGCUGUGUGGGCGCAGCGCCUGUCACCUGCGCAGGAACACGCCAUUGACGCACUCGUUGAUAAACUUAAUGACGCGCUGAGAAAUGACAAGAUGUGUGACGUAGCAACAUCCAGUGUGAUGGAGUUGUACGGCUACAAGAUGUCGUGCCUGGAGCAGCGGCUGCACUCUCACACUGUCGCUCUGCAGGGUGCGACGGAGCACAUGGCGUCGCUGCAACACGCGCUGGCGCUGCUGCAGGCCACCAACUCCUCGCAGCAGGACGUACUCUACACAACACAGAUGCAGAAUGAAAAACAUAAAAAGAGUAUAGAAGAUCUUCAGAAGCAGCUGGAGGAUGCGGAGACCACACUGCGAGGGUUCAGAGCCAAGCUCGCAGCUGAACGUCUUGAUAAAGAACACGUCAAAGAUAACAUCAAGAAGGAGUGCAAGGCGGAGAUCGCUAAGAUGGAGGCGGAGAUGCGGCGGCGGGAGAAGGAGGCGGAGGAACGUCUGCAGCAGGCGGAUGUGGAGUACAAGGCGCUGCAGAAGAAACUGGAACAACAGUGUCACAAGAACAGUGAGCUGGCGAAUGUGUUGUCCAAGUUUGAGGAGCGCGUGCGGCAACGAGAGCGCCGCCUGGAGGACGCUGCUGCAGCUGAAACUGCGCUGCGCAAGGACCUCGAGCACAGGGACACUGUGAUAAAGCAGCUGGAGAAGAGCGUGGUGGAGCGCGAGGCGCGGCUGUGUCAGGUGACGGCGCAGCUCGAGGAGAUGCGACGUGUGCAGGAGAUGGUCGCCAAGCUCAUGGCCAAGACUGCGCACACCAACAACGCGCCCUCCUAGCGCCCACAGCACGGCGCCCACAGCGUGGCGC